UUCCGGAACGUGUGUACUUGGCUUGACAAUCCAUUAUGAUUACAAUGUGGUUGCCAAGACAACAUGCUGUUACAAACCCAAACAGUAGAAGCAAUUUUAUGUUAGUUGUUAUAGAAUUUGUUAUGAACGUCACUGUGACUACCAAGAAAUUUAAGAGAAAGCUAUGAGAGAAAGUCAGAAAAUAGAAUAAUAAUUUUAGGUGCAAUGUUUAAAACUGAAUAUGGUUAUUCUAGAUGUAUUUGUAAAAAACAUAAAUAUUACAUAUAAAAGUACCCUCUUCUCAAAAGCAACUUUGUUGACACUGAUUUUUGGGAUAAUGUGUGUUGUAUUACCCUUUAUAUUUGCUUAUAAAAGUAAAGGUUUUUGGAUUAAAAGAAAUGUAUUUCAUGAACAGCCAGAUGUCAAGUUUAAAGGAGAAUAUCUAUUUGUAUCAACUACAAAUAAUAUUAAUAGCCCUGUAAUUACCUGCAGCACUCUGCCCCAGUAUGAACAAUUGGAUUACAUUGAUGCCUGCUCAAUGAUUAAAAUUCGGGAAAUAGAUAAAAAUUUUGAUAACAAGGCUGAUGAAUUUAGUUUAAUUUUAGAUGUAACGGUUCCUACACAUACCCAACUAACAUCUUUCUUCAUUAUAAUUCCAGUGGAUUAUAAAUUAUCUAUUUGCCCUGUACAUAUGCAAGCUGCAGUGAUUUAUCAGACAUAUUUGCCUGUACCUGUAUCAAAAUUUAUGGUAACAUCUGAUGUUGGUAUUACUCAGUCCAGUCCUAUAAGCUGCCAUACGAAGCAAGUUAACACAUUUUACAAUUAUUCCAUAAUUACAAGUAUAGAGCAAGUACACCAAUAUGACGUACAUAACAUCAUCACAGCAUAUUCGAAAAGAAAUAUAUCUACAGUGAUGAAAAAUGUAUACACAAGCUUUAAACUGGAGAAUUCACAAAAUUUUGUUUUGGAUAUAACUUUACGAUAUCCAGAAGACAUUGUAUAUUACAAACCUGGAUUUUGGGAAACAAUGAAAUGGGCUUGGAUGCAGUACGUUAUCAUAUACCUAACGGUUUCAUACAUUAUUACAAAAAUAAAAACUUAUGUUUUCAACAGGAGGCUAGUGUUGUUUUAUGAAGAUAAUCCACUCAAGAAAAAACAAUAAAUUUUUAUAUUUUUGUAUUUACAGAAUUUUAUUU